AUGCUGUCUCUGUUAUCUGUUGUUUUGACUUUUCUUGCUCUUAUACUGAUCCCUAGUCUCUUCAUCUCUCGGCGUCUACGUAUUCCCCUCUCCUUAAGAAACAUCCUCAGAUUCAUUAAAGUCGCAGCUUCUCAGCACGAUGACGAGGAAGAGAGGAACGAGAAAAGUGGUACAGUGGGAGAGAAAGAGAAACGAGGGAGACUACCAAAGCAUGUGGCGAUUAUAUUGGACGGAAACAGACGUUGGGCACAGAAACGUGGACUUGGGACAUUUGAAGGUCACAAGGCCGGAGCGAGGAGGCUAAUGGAGAAUGCUAAGGACUGUUUCGCUAUGGGGACAAACACUGUCUCCCUCUUUGCUUUCUCCACCGAAAACUGGGCAAGACCCGAGGAUGAAGUUAACGGCCUGAUGUCCUUGUUUGAAGAAUGCUUUGGGUCUGAGAUACAUUUCUUCCAUAGGGAUAAAAUCAAGAUCUCGGUUAUUGGAAACCGGACGAAAAUCCCCGAGUCGCUUCAAGUUUUGAUAAAAGAAGCAGAGGAAACUACAAAGAGCUACGAAGGGAAGCAUCUCAUAUUAGCAAUAGACUAUAGUGGAAAAUUUGAUAUCUUGCAAGCGUGCAAAAGUCUAGCGGAAAAGGCUAAAACCGGACUGAUUCAAGUAGAUGAUAUUGACGAGAAUAUGAUGGAUAAAGAGUUGAUGACAAAGUGUAGCGAGUUUCCUAAUCCUGACCUAUUGAUCAGAACGAGCGGAGAGCAAAGGAUCAGUAACUUCUUCUUAUGGCAAUCUGCUUACACUGAGCUUUACUAUACUAACGUUCUAUGGCCUGACUUUGGUGAGGCUGAGUAUCUUGAUGCCUUGACUUGGUAUCAGCAAAGGCAGAGGCGAUUCGGCCGACGAGUUUAAA